AUGGCCAUUUUUAAAUCUGGUUCACCUGCAGAUCUUAGAAAGUUUAUUGACAAGCAAUUAUACAUUACACUAAAUGGGAAUCGUCAUAUUAUUGGUAAUUUACGUGGCUACGAUAAUUUCAUGAAUUUGGUACUUGAAAAUACAACUGAAGUAUCUGAUACAACUAAACGAAGCAUCGGGACUACCGUUAUUAGAGGGAAUUCAGUAAUUAUGUGGGAAUGCAUUGAUAAGGUCAAACUGUGA